AUGAAGACAGCGCUCACCGCACGCCUACAAUCAACAUCACACUGGAUAGACGUGCUACCGACUGUACUACUUGGCCUGCGCGCCGCCGUGCGCAGCGAUACCGGCGUAAGCGCUGCACAGCUGACCUUCGGCCGCAACCUGCGACUGCCUGGCGAUUUUUUCGUCGAAUCGCCAUGUGACGUCACUAUGGAUCACAAUUACGUCACAAAAAUAAAAGAAUCCAUCAACGCGCUCAAACCAUCAUCGUCAUUACCACCACACAACAAUAAACGAGCGAUAUUUGUUCACCCUGCUUUACGAGACUGCCAGCAAGUGUUCCUGAGAGUCGACGCCGUCAAAAAACCACUGCAACCACCAUAUGACGGGCCCUACCGCGUACUGAGAAAAAAGGACAAGGUGUUCGUGCUGCAACUACCAGAUCGACAGGCAACCGUAUCAAUCGACCGCCUAAAACCUGCUUUCACGCCCGCGGAUUGUACGACCGACACUGUCACAGCACCUGCAAUCACCAAAGCGCCACAGAGUCCCGCCAGAGAAACCACAACAAGGUCGGGACGCGCCGUGAGACCACCGGUACGCUUCGCUUAG